AUGAUACAACAUUAUCAAGAUGCAAUGUCAAUUGUUCGUCAAUUUGGAAAACCAGACUUAUUUCUUACUAUGACAUGUAAUCCGAAGUGGCGUGAAAUUUCAGAGAACUUAUUACCUGGACAAACUGCAUCGGAUAGACCGGAUUUAGUUGCACGAGUAUUUAGCAUUAAAAAAGAUGCUUUGAUUGAUAUGAUUGUAAAACAACAUCUUUUUGGUCAAGUAGCUGCUUACACUUGGGUAAUAGAAUUCCAAAAACGUGGUUUGCCACAUUUACACAUGUUAAUAACAUUAAAAAGCGAUUCUAAAAUAACAACACCUGAACAAGUUGAUAGAUUAAUCUCUGCAGAGAUUCCAAAUCCUGUGAGCGAUCAAACUUUAUUUGAUAUUGUAACGAAAAAUAUGCUGCAUGGUCCUUGCGGAGAUUGGUGUUUGAUCAACAAUAUUUGUUCGAAGAAAUUUCCUAAACAGUUUCGAAAUGAGACGACAAUGGAUGGAAAUGGAUAUCCUUAUUACCGUCGUCGGGAUGAAAACAAUACAUUUUCACGAAAUAAUUUCGUAUUUACUAAUCAACAUGUUGUACCAUACAAUAAGGUUUUAUCACAAACUUUUAAUUGUCAUAUUAAUGUAGAAGUUGUAUGCUCUGUCACAGCUGUUAAAUAUUUAUUUAAAUAUACUUACAAAGGCCACGAUAAAGCAGGAAUAACAAUAAAUGGAAGUGUACCGAAUACUAGAGAAGAAUCAGUAAGAGAAGAAACUCAUUCGUCUUCUAAUUCUCAUGAUUCUGAAAAUUUGAACAAUGUUAAAGAUCAUGACGAAGUACGUGAUUUUGUUGAUGCUCGCUAUGUUGGUCCUGUUGAAGCUGUUUGGCGCAUUUUAUCAAAAAAUCUUCAGAACAAAAGUCAUUCCAUAAUCCGUCUACCAGUACACUUACCAAAUGAACAAAGUAUCACCAUUAACGAUGAUUGUAACAAUGAGGAACUUCGAGAAGCUUUACAGAAACAAUCUAUGUUGAUAGAUUAUUUUAAAUUGAAUGAACGUGAUUCGAAUGCUCGCCAAUACAUUUAUAGCGAUAUGCCAUAUCAUUAUGUUUUUAAAAAAGACAAUGAGACUAAAAUUACAAGUUGGCAACCACGAAAAAAACAUCUUAACGUUAUUGGUC